UUCCACGUCCCCCAGCCUGUGGUCCAGCGCCCAUUCCCUUCUAGGCCCUGAAGCUUCUUCCGUCUGGAGACCACUGGUGCCCACUUUGCAGUUGUUUUCUUGUGCCCGGAACCUGCACUUCAGGGAACAGCGAGGCAAAGAAAACCAACAGAACCAUGGAGGCUCCUUCUGCUAUCUUUGAGUCCCUUAUGACUGGAGUGACAAGCUGGGAUAUCCCUGAGGAUGCUAUCCCAUGUGAACUGCUUCUUAUUGGAGAGGCUUCAUUUCCUGUGAUGGUGAAUGACAUGGGCCAGGUCAUCAUUGCUGCCUCUUCCUAUGGCAGAGGUCGCAUGAUCGUAUUAGCUCACGAGGACUACUUGGUGGAAACCCAGCUCUUUGUCUUCCUUGUCAAUGCUUUGGGAUGGCUCCGUUCCUCCUCUAAGUCUCCCAUUGGCAUACACCCAUCAUUAGAACCAUUGGUGAAAAUCCUCGAGAGCUGUGGAAUAGAGACACAAAUUGAGCCUGAAGUAAAUGACUCCCUGGGAGUCUACUGUGUUGAUGCCUAUAAUGAAACCAUGGCUGACAAACUAGUCCAGUUCGUGAAACGUGGAGGGGGCUUGCUCAUAGGAGGCCAAGCCUGGGAUUGGGCUAACCAGGGCGAAGAUGAAAGAGUUCUGUUCACAUUUCCUGGGAACCUGGUGACCAGUGUAGCCGGUGUGUACUUCACUGACAUCAAAGCGGACACAAGUUUCUAUAAAGUCUCUAAGAAGAUGCCUAAGAUCCCCAUCUUAGUUAGUUGUGAUGAUGACCUCUCAGAAGACAGAGAUGAACUUCUGCAUGGCAUCUCAGAGCUGGACAUCACCAACUCGGACUGUUUCCCAUCCCAGCUUCUAGUGCAUGGGGCUUUGGCUUUUCCCUUAGGGCUAGAUACCUACCAUGGCUGUGUGAUAGCCGCUGCCCGCUAUGGCCGGGGACGAGUGGUUGUAACUGGUCAUAAGGUGUUAUUCACAGUGGGUAAACUUGGCCCAUUUCUGCUCAAUGCUGUCCGCUGGCUGGACGGGGGCCGCAGAGGCAAGAUUGUGGUACAGACAGAGCUGAGAACACUAAGUGGUCUACUCGCAGUAGGGGGUAUAGACACCAGCAUUGAGCCCCAACUGACCAGUGAUGCAAGUGUCUAUUGCUUUGAACCCACAAGUGAUGUGGACGUUAAGGAGCUGCAAGAGUUUGUAGCAGAGGGUGGCGGGCUGUUUGUUGGAGCCCAAGCCUGGUGGUGGGCCUUUAAGAACCCAGGAGUGUCCCCUCUGGCUCGCUUCCCAGGAAACCUGCUCCUCAACCCUUUUGGCAUCAGCAUCACGAGCCAAAGCCUCAACCCAGGCCCCUUCCGCACCCCUAAAGCAGGAAUGAGGACCUAUCACUUCCGUUCCACCCUGGCAGAGUUCGAAGUGAUAAUGGGCAAGAAGAGAGGGAAUGUGGAGAAGGGCUGGCUAGCCAAGCUGGGACCAGACGGGGCAGCUUUCCUGCAGAUUCCCGCAGAGGAGGUCCCUGCUUACAUGUCGGUGCACCGACUCCUGCGGAAGCUGCUGAGCCGCUAUAGGCUCCCAGUGGCAACCCGAGAGAACCCUGUAAUCAAUGACUGCUGCAGGGGGGCCAUGCUUUCCCUGGCCACAGGUCUGGCCCACUCCGGAAGUGACCUCUCUCUACUAGUCCCAGAAAUUGAAGACAUGUACAGCAGCCUCUAUCUGCGCCCCUCAGAGUCUCCCAUCACCGUGGAUGUCAACUGCACCAAUCCAGGCACGCGAUACUGCUGGAUGAGCACCGGACUCUACAUACCCGGAAGGCAAAUCAUAGAGGUCUCCUUGCCUGAAGAUGCUGCCGCUGCUGAUCUGAAGAUACAAAUUGGCUGUCAUACUGAUGACCUGACCAAGGCCAGCAAGCUUUUCCGAGGCCCCCUUGUGAUUAACCGGUGUUGUUUGGACAAGCCCAUGAAAUCCAUCACCUGCCUCUGGGGUGGUCUCCUUUAUAUUAUCGUGCCUCAGAAUAGCAAAUUGGGCUCUGUGCCCAUCACCGUGAAGGGGGCUGUCCGUGCUCCAUACUACAAGCUAGGGGAGACAUCCCAGGAAGAAUGGAAGAGGCGUCUCCAGGAACAUCCUGGUCCAUGGGGAGAGCUAGCCACCGACAACCUCAUCCUGACUGUGCCAACUGCAAAUCUUCGAGCUCUGGAGAAUCCCGAGCCACUGCUCCGCCUCUGGGACGAGGUGAUGCAGGCUGUGGCGAGGCUGGGUGGUGAGCCCUUCCCUUUGCGUCUGCCUCAGAGGAUUGUGGCUGACGUACAGAUCUCAGUCGGCUGGAUGCAUGCCGGGUACCCCAUCAUGUGCCACCUGGAGUCGGUGCAGGAGCUCAUCAGUGAGAAGCUCAUCAGGACCAAGGGGCUGUGGGGCCCUGUGCACGAGCUGGGCCGCAACCAGCAGAAGCAGGAGUGGGAGUUCCCACCACACACUACUGAAGCCACCUGCAACCUGUGGUGUGUUUAUGUGCAUGAAACGGUCCUGGGAAUACCGCGGAGCCGUGCCAAUAUUGCCCUGUGGCCCCCUGUCCGGGAAAAGAGAGUCCGAAUCUACCUAAGCAAGGGGCCCAAUGUGAAGAACUGGAACGCCUGGACUGCACUGGAGACAUACUUACAGCUCCAAGAGGCCUUUGGUUGGGAGCCGUUUAUUCGUAUCUUCACAGAGUACAGAAACCAGACCAACUUGCCAACAGACAAUGUCGACAAAAUGAAUCUGUGGGUGAAGUUGUUCUCCCAGCAAGUGCAGAAGAACCUGGCUCCGUUCUUUGAGGCCUGGGCCUGGCCCAUCCAGAAGGAAUUGGCUACCAGCCUAGCCUAUCUGCCUGAAUGGAAGGAAAAUAUAAUGAAAUUGUACCUCCUCACACAGAUGUAAGGAGUGCCCAUCGAGGUGGCAGGCCCCACUGAAACUGAAGACAAGGAAUACAAAAGAGAAUUGAGACACUGAGACACUCAGCAAAGAAAACUAAAAAAAAUCAUUUGGUUGAAGAAGAGCGCAACAAAUUUCUGGAAGAGAUAAAGUAAAUGAGGCUUGCUAAUGAAUGGGAAAUAUGAAGGCACGUUUUCAGACAGAAUACACUGAUCUGACCAUCGUAACCCCAAAGAGACUUGAACACUAGAAAAGUCUAGCUACUAAAUAAUUGUACCAGUUGUAAAUUGACCCCCGUUCUACCCUACCCCAAACCCUUGUACAUAGAACACAGAAAAUCUACCAUUGGUACUAGUGAAGCUGAUAUUGUUAUUGUUGUUUGAAUAAAGGAAUCAAAUAAAGCGCCUAAGGAGAGGGAAGAAUUAGUGUUCCAAGGGAUACUCUUUUCAUGGAAAUAAGUGGCCCCUAGCCUUUUUGUUGGUUUUCUUCUGAGAUGUGGGACUCCUGUUCACAUACCCAGGGCUUCUAGUCAUAGGAGAGAUUUGCUGGAGAAACAGGAGUCCUUUUAAAAGACAACAGUUAGCACAGGUUCUUAAUGUGGAUUUUCUGACAAGAAUUCCAUGCAUGGAAGGAAACAAGGGAGACUCCUACCAAAAAUAACAACUUAGAUGUAAAAAUAUUUUUUUAAAAAAAUAUUAUAAACAUAAGGAAACAAAAUUCACUUAGAAAAAAAUUCCUUAAAAUUUUGGCCAUCUCUGCAGGGAGAUCUGAAGGGCAUUUGUAAGAUAACAUAUGAAGGGAAAAUUUUGAACAUUUUUAAAGCAAAAUAAAACUGCCAAAAAUAUUCAGUAGAUAGGCUGGAAAAUGAAAUAGAAUGAAUCUCCCCCACAUAUGCAACAAAAUGAAGUAAUAGGAAGGAAAACAAUAAGAAGGAAGGAAAGAGAAGUAGACAAUCACUGUUUAACCGCUGUGAGUUCCCAGAAGACAGGACAUAGAUAACAUUAGAUGAACAGAGAAGAAGAAAGACUUAAUGAGGGGACCCCAUGCCAAUUACAUCUAGGUACAGUGCUAGGAGAAAAUGAAAUAGUAGGGCUAGAACAUAUUCAGAGCGCCCAGAGAAAGGGAAACAGUCGAGUCAAACCUGGACGAGAAGUGUCUGACAACUUCGGCUACAGCGCUGAGUGUUAGAAGUCAAGGGAGCAGUGGAUUUAC